GAUGGAUGAAGGAAAGAUAGUUUUAGUUGGUAACGAAUCAGAUGUUCUUCACUGUGGAUAUAGCCAUGCCAUUUCAGACGCGGGGAAAAGGUAUCCAAGUGCAGUUCACUACACGCAUUCCAUGAUUCUUAGCCAGCUCGGCGUUGAUGAAAAUGUGAUAUUGGAAUUGCUGUGCACGUCAUCUUGUGAUGUUCCUUUAAAGGCUCGUCAACUUCUAUUGGAAAAUAUGCCUGCCGGGCAUGAUAUGAACUCGCUGGCCUCUUAUUUGCAAAGUAGCAAGCAGGCUUAUUCAAUGCAAGGACUCAGACUGCGCGUCGAUCAGGACAAACUGUUUGAGAAAGCGCUAAUGAAUACGAAGGAUGCACUGUUGAUUGUGUGCGAUCCGCGCGACAAGGAGCUAGGAAUUGGCAUGGAUGAAAACCAGUUCGUAGAGUGGAUGGCUCGUGAAAAAGCUGAUUCGCAAAUGGUAGAGUUUUGGAUGAAGAACGAAGCUGCAAAACCGCCAGCACUAGGGGGUAAUCAGAUGGGGUUCUUCCUCAUGUGGCUACGAUUCGAGGUUCGUGAAAAGAGAAAAGCUGCAAUGCUGAAUCGACAGCCGACUGAGAUCGAAGGUCUGUCUACGGACAAUGAUGACAAUCCUAUCAAGAUCAAAGUUAAUGACCAGAUUAUUUCACUCCAGGGUAUUUUCCGUCCUUUGAGUAAUUACUACCCAUUGCCUUUUGAAAUGAAAGGAGAACGUUAUCGGUCAGUGGAGCACUAUGCUUACGAAAAGUUAUUCAUUGCAUUGAAGUUGGACGAUAAAUGCAUUGAAAAAGUACAAACCACCGUCUUGCCAGUAGACGUUGCUACGAUGGCAAGGAGAUACUUCAAGAAGCAGGAGGCUAGUUGCUUUCGAGCUAAAAUUUUCGAACUGUUUUAUGCGUGUCAUCCUUUAAGAUUCCUGACCAAAAUGGCCAAAAUGGAUCGAUGGCGGCAGUCAGCUAUGAAGCAUAAAAUCGCUCAGAAUGAGUAUUUGCAACAGCUUUUACUGAGCACCGGUGAUGCACUCCUCAUAGAUUGCUGCGAGGGUGAUCCCAUGUGGACCUGCGCCUCAUCAGAACGUGAAAUGCAACGACUGUUGACGAAGCCUUAUGUAGGACCUGCCGAUCUGAUAAAAUGGAUGAGAAAUAAGGAUGACAAAACACCGAAAACCUUGUCACACCUUGUUGGCAACAAAACCGGUUUACUUCUCAUGGAACUUCGAGUGAAACUAGCAUCGCAGACGGAAAGUCGGAUACCGCUGAUAUCACACUUCAACACUGCCAGUUUAUCCUCAAUCGUUAGUACGAAUGUGAUCUGCUUUACUGCCGAGUCCGUGUUCCACCCACUUUAUCCUGCUGAAAUUCAAGUUGUUGAGGGACAACCACUAUUUGCUUCACCAGCACACUUUGUGGCUAGUCAAGCGGUGAAGUAUCUUGGCUUCAAUGCUGAGGAUACAGAGUAUGUCAUGGAUACGGAAUCAUCCCUUGAGUGUUGGGAACGCUUACAUGAAACAAUAGAAGCGAAAGGACGGGGGCUAGAAAGAGAGCAAAGUUGGUGGAUGGAGAGAAGGCAGAAGGCAAUCAAAGAUGCUUUAACCAUGCUUUUCGAACAACAUCCUCCUCUUCUUCGUGCUCUGUUGGAUACGGGUGAUGCCAUGCUGGUAUACUGCGCAAGAUUUUGCUCGAUGGAGACAGAGUUAUCUAUUGGAAUGCGCGAGUCAGACCUACGGGCAUGGUUAUACACAGUAGACAUUUCUAGCAAGCAACUACUAGAGUUGUGCACGCGACCGAUGGCAUUUCGCCCGUCUUACCUGGGUGGGAAUCGCCUUGGCUUGAUUUUGAUGGAAUUGCGACGUGAAUUUGUUCUUCGUGGAGCUUUCCCAGCGACUCUUCCGGAGCUUCCAAUCAGUGUGGACGUGAUUCUGGGAACCGAUUCGCCAACAGAAAGCUUGAUGAUAAGUGAACCGUUCGACAUUUUAAACCCAGACAAUUAUACAGCGUUGUGGAUUAAUCCACUGUUUAUUCUGGCUAAGGAAAAGAAAGACGCCGAUUUGAUGAAUAUUGCAUCUUGGGUGAAGAUCCCUCCUCGUUUAAUCACUAUCGAUGACGCGCGAAUCAGCGAAAUGGUGGAGGAGCUGCUGAAAACGAAUGGGAAGGGUAGUAUCGACUUGCGAACGAUCCCACCCGAAGAUAUGCGUGCAGUAUACAUGAAGCUGACGGGGAUGCUGCGUUCAACACUCAAUGAAGUGGACACUUAUUAUAACGAAAUGCAAACCUUAUCUGUAGAGGUUAAUCGUAUGCAAGUCAUCCGCCGAGGUCUCGAAGACACGCACGAGCGUGAAAAGCGACCGGAACGAGCAGCGGGUGGUCGCGACAGAUUCCCGGAACGUAUCCGUGACAGAUCGCCGAUUCCAUCACUGCUUGGCAUGUCCGUCGUACCGCCCUCUUCGCAACCACAGUCAAGUAAUCAACGACGCGAGCGCGACUACAAAAUACCAAGUCGUCGUCGUAGUCCUUUUGGAGACGAUCGCCGGCGGAGAGAUGUGGGAACUUUCAUGUGUUUAUUAUAUCAAAACUCAAUUGUUAUAAAAUCAAAUAUGGAUCGUCGACCAAGAUCACCGCCUCAUCGCAACCACGAUGUGCGUACUCCGCCUCGUCGAAAACCGGCGACUCCACCGCCGCAGCCGAAGCCACCAAAGCAGCCUCGCCCGGUAGAUCGAGAAUUAUCGGAUGGUGAAAUUCUAUCCUCAGAUGAAGAUUAA